UUGUACGACGUGCUGAUUAGCGACUCACGACUCACAAUUGUAUUUGAACACUGUGAUCAAGACCUCAAAAAGUAUUUUGAUGCCUGCAAUGGUGAAAUUGAUCCAGCCACUGUUAAACUGUUUAUGUAUCAGUUACUACGCGGACUUCAGUUUUGUCAUGCUAAUCACGUUCUUCAUCGGGACUUAAAGCCACAAAACCUGCUCAUCAAUUCAAAUGGAGAAUUAAAGUUAGCGGAUUUCGGAUUGGCGAGGGCCUACGGUAUUCCGGUUCGACAAUACUCCGCUGAAGUGGUGACCUUGUGGUAUAGGCCGCCAGAUGUGCUCUUUGGUGCAAAACUGUACACCACAUCAAUCGACAUGUGGUCUGCUGGUUGUAUAUUCGCUGAGCUUUCAAAUGCUGGUAGACCACUCUUCCCGGGCUUCGAUGUGGACGAUCAACUUAGGCGAAUCUUUAAACUACUUGGCACUCCAACUGAGUCGACUUGGCCAGGUGUCACCGAGCUUCCCGAUUACAAGGCAAGUUUUCGAUUGUCAACGAAACUGGCGUUCACAGUCUACCCAAAAAAUACCCACUGGCACCAAGUCGUUCCCAAUCUUUCCGUUCGUGGUCGCGACCUCCUACAGCAACUUCUUAUAUGCAACCCGUCUGAACGAGCGAGUGCAGACCAGGCCCUCAACCAUUCCUACUUCGACGCUGUGGUUCACUAG